AUGCGGAGAAAAGCGCUGGCCUCGCACUAUGAGAACCAACUCAAGCGGCUCAAGACUCAAUACGAGGCCCGCAAGAGCGAGCGGAUAAAACAGCAUGCAGAUGACCUGGAUCUACUGGAGGAGCGGCAGCUGCUCGCAGAGCAUGACUUGCUGCAAACUCAGGCACAGGAAACUCAAAACGUAGCAACAGCAUUAAAGUAUAUCGAGGCGUACUGUCUCGGGCCCGAGUCUCAGCAUGAACGCACCGUGUCAAAGGAAGACUUUAAAAAGCUCGAACGCCAAAGACUAUUGCAACAGGGCCUCCCAAGGAAACAUGGCAGCGCCAUCAACGUGCUCCGAGCAAGACAGGAGAUGGACUUUAAGCGAAGACUGGAAACCCAAGAAGCCGAGCUCACGCAAAUGGACGUAGACUUUGAGAAGGAAGAGGCGACGAAAGAAGCAGAGUGCAAGAAAGAGCUGGAGCAGCUGGAGGCAGUCAUUGAGGCACGAAGAAGGAGACUACAGCAGAGAUGGGAGCUCAAGUUUGAAAUGUGGAGACGAGAUUGGGAGCAGCAGCACAACACGACGCUAGACGAUCACCUCGAACACGAGGAGUGGCCGCCCCGCCAAUCUCAUCAUGUUGUCGUAAUACCAGAGGCGAGUGCGUUGGCUCAAUACGUCAAAAUUACCGCAUAA